AUGGCUCACGCUCCCGCAUCCGCCGAAUUCAUGUCUGCAAGAGGCGACCGGCCGGCUGCGCGCCGCGCCCCGGAUACAACUUCGUACCCGACGUCCCGCGAGACGGGUGAUAUCAUCCCCGACACAAAACAGAACCCGGCUGUGGGGGGCGAGAAGGAAUCACCAUUCGCAAAGUCAUGGGUACAUUUCGUUGCUGGAGGAGUCGGAGGUAUGACGGCCGCAACACUCACAGCACCACUCGACGUCCUCAAAACCCGCCUCCAAUCCGACUUUUAUCAAGCCCAGCUCCGCGCCUCCCACGCCGCUCGCGCUCAGGCUGUAGGCACCCUCUCCCCCUACCGCGCCGCCCUUUUCCACCUCCGCGAGACCUUCCAGAUCCUGGGCUCCGUCUACAAGAUUGAGGGUCCCCGCGCGCUCUUCAAGGGCCUCGGACCGAAUCUCAUUGGCGUCAUCCCCGCGAGGAGCAUAAACUUUUACACCUACGGCAACGGCAAGCGCCUCAUUGCAGAAUAUGUCAACGGCGGCGAGGAAGGGGCGGGCGUCCACCUCGCAGCGGGCGUGCUGGCCGGCGUGACGACGAGCACGGCGACGAACCCCAUCUGGCUCGUAAAGACCCGCCUGCAGCUCGACAAGAACGUGGCGGAGAAGAGCGGCGGCGUGCAGCAGAGGCAGUACCGCAACAGCUGGGACUGCAUCAAGCAGGUGCUGCGGACCGAGGGCGUCCGGGGCAUGUACAAGGGCAUGAGCGCGAGUUACCUGGGCGUGGCGGAGAGCACGCUGCAGUGGGUGCUGUACGAGAACCUCAAGAACAGGCUGGCGGCGCGCGAGGAGCGCAUCGUCGCGAGCGGGAGGGAGAAGACGUUUUGGGACCAAACGGUGGAUUGGAUGGGGAAUGCUGGUGCUGCUGGCGGUGCCAAGCUGGUUGCUGCCAUUCUUGCUUACCCUCACGAGGUUGCGCGAACGAGACUACGACAGGCGCCCCUGGCCAACGGACAGCUCAAGUACACUGGCCUCUGGCAGUGCUUCCGCGUCGUCUGGAUCGAGGAGGGCUUCAUGGGCCUGUACGGCGGUCUUACGCCGCACCUGAUGCGCACCGUCCCCAGCGCGGCCAUCAUGUUUGGCAUGUACGAGGGUAUACUACGCCUCUUUGGCGCCUCCAGCAAGGCUAGCGCGAGCUUGUGA